CUGGCCGGACCCGAUCUUAGCCAGCCAGCACACCUAGCCCCGCCCAAGAACGCUGUUGUAAUGGAACCCUAAUUCCUGACGCCCCUUGGAAUCGAAACCCCCAUCCGCCUUACAACUGCUUUCCUCGUGCAAUCCAUUAUCUUCUUCCACAACUAGCUUUCCCUCUGGCGAUUGAUCGUCUUCUUGUACCUCCACACAUCCUCUCAGUCCCGGAGUCGCUCGAGCUCGCCAGAUGACAGCACCAAGACAGACUAGGGUGAAGGAGGGAAUGUGGAUUUACAGAAAGAUUUAAAGCUAUUGGUCUUCAGUCACUGCAUUAAAGCAAAGGAUGAGCUUAGGAGGUGCGUUUAGGAACAUUAUUCGCCCCCUGUCAUUAAGAAGGCUUUUGCCGAUCUCUGCAAGACUAUCUGAUGCGGUUCCCUUUCCUUCAUCAAUAGAGCAGUCCCAAUGCCUUAGACCUACGUUCAUGAUUAAAGAGCCCUUGGGUCUUUCUUUGACGCGAUUGUUCGGCACUUCAAGUGGUGGUGCACCUUUUCAGAGCUUGACUGAUACUCGUUUCCCAAAGAGAAGGCCUGGAACAAAGCCUCGAAGAAAGAGGGCAAGUCUCAAACCCCCAGGCCCUCAUGCUUGGAUUCAGUAUGUUCCGGGGGAACCGAUACCCAGAAGUCGUCCCAACGAAGGAAGCGUGCAAGGAAGAAAACGUAUAAAGCGCAUCUUGCAAAGAAGGGCUUUUAUUUUGACUGCCAAGAGGAAAAAACAAGCCGAAUAUAAAGUUGCCAGAAGGAAAAAAUAUAUGGAGAGGAUAGAGAGGAAGAUGGCAGCUGUAGCUCGUGAGAAAGCUUGGGCUGAAAGGCUCAAAGAGCUUCAGGAGAUUGAAGCUCAAAAGAAGGUUUCUAUGGCUUCGUAAAAGAGCCCAUGUGCUUGAAAUUUAAAUUUAUCAACUUAUAUACUUUUAAAUGCUUGUUGUGAUUUUGUAUUUCUGGUUGGCAUGGUUUUGUGUUGGAAUAAUGAGGAAUAUGUAGGUCUUUUAUGUAAAAAAAAUGUUCAUAUGUUUUGUAAACCAUAAUUUUCAUUAAAGUUUGAUGAAA